UCCUGGGGCCGCGUGUGAAGAUGUCGCGACCGCCCCCCAGUGCCCCUCAGCCCGGGAGACAUCGCGGCAGCAGAGCCCUCAGACCCCCAGCUUGAGGCGUCGGCGGCGCGGAUCCGGCCCCUCCCCUCUCUCCCAGGUGGCUGGGAGGACAGAGAAGACUUGUGUCACCCCUGUUGUGACAACUGUUUGGGGACGCUUGUGGUUUUCCCAGUGACAGUUCAAGUUUCUGAAGUGUUGCCAAGACUCCCCACUUACUGUAUGUCCCCCCCCCCCCCCCAGGAACAGGAGAAGAUUUUGUCAUGUGGGCAACUUGCUGCAACUGGUUCUGUCUGGAUGGACAACCUGAGGAGGCCUCAGCAUCCCAGGGAGCCAGGACACAGGCAUAUUCCAACCCUGGGUACAGCUCUUUCCCUUCCCCAACAGGCUCAGAACCAAGCUGUAAGACCUGCGGAGCCCACUUUGCAAGCACAGCCAGGAAGCAGCAGACUUGUUUGGAUUGUAAGAAAAAUUUCUGCAUGACCUGUUCGAGCCAAGUAGGGAAUGGGCCUCGUCUCUGUCUUCUCUGCCAACGAUUCCGAGCCACAGCUUUUCAACGAGAGGAGCUCAUGAAGAUGAAGGUGAAGGACCUGAGGGACUAUCUCAGCCUCCAUGACAUCUCUACAGAAAUGUGCCGGGAGAAAGAGGAGCUGGUGCUCUUGGUGCUUGGCCAGCAGCCUCAGGAGGGAAGGACUCACACCACCACCUUGUCCCCUGACUUCUCUGAACAGCAGUCCUUCCUGACCCAGCCACACACCAGCACAGUACCGUCUACCUCACCCAACCUCCCUUCUUCACCCACACAAGCCACCUCUGUCCCCCCAGCCCAGGCUCAGGAAAACCAGCAGGCCAAUGGCCAUGUGUCUCAGGAUCCAGAGGAACCCAUCUGCCUGGAGAGCACAGCCAGAGCACCUGCUGAGGAUGAGACCCAGUCCAUUGACUCAGAAGAUAGUUUCAUCCCCGGCCGGAGGGCCUCUCUGUCUGACUUGACUGACCUCGAGGACAUUGAAAACCUGACUGUGCGACAACUGAAAGAGAUCCUGGCUCGAAACUUCGUCAACUACAAGGGCUGCUGUGAGAAGUGGGAGCUAAUGGAGAGGGUGACACGACUAUACAAGGAUCAGAAAGGACUCCAGCACCUGGUGUGUGGUGCUGAAGACCAAAACGGGGGAGCAGUGCCACCUAUCCUGGAGGAGAACCUGUGUAGGAUCUGCAUGGACUCACCCAUUGACUGUGUUUUGCUCGAGUGUGGACACAUGGUGACCUGUACCAAGUGUGGCAAGCGCAUGAACGAGUGUCCUAUUUGCCGGCAGUAUGUGAUCCGAGCUGUGCACGUCUUCCGAUCUUGAGGGCUUGUUUAUACCAGCUUUUAAAGUGCCUUACAGGGACAAAGCUCAAGGUGUCUGGGCUCAGGGUAGGCCAGCUUGCAGAACGGCAAGAUAACAGAAUUUGUGGUGUUCCUAAGACAAGGGCAAGCAAAAGUGGCAUGUCACCUCUGGGCAGGUUUGUCUUGCCACUGGGAAUUGCACUUCUUGGCUGGCAGAGCCCAAGACCAGCGGGAACCGGUACAGACAGCAUGGGCAAGGCCCUAUUCUAAUGAUCUUGGGUGAUAAUGGUAACUAAUGAAGUGGAAACUUUCUGGAACUUGAACCGUUAUCUCCCUCCCUUCUCCCAAGAAGCUAGACAGUUUCACCUUCCACUUAUACCCCCAAGAUCUUCUUAAGCUGCUUGCUUCUGUUUCACAAAUCAGAAGUCCUGGUAGAAAUGGUUUUCUUCUCUAGCAUAUCUGGAUUUCUGGCCUCUCCAGCUUUCUGUGCUUUAAUCUAAAGCUUUGCUAAAGCCUUGCUAUAUUGCCUACAAUCCAUGUUUCUUCAGACCAAAAAGAUGUUAGCUUACCAGACCAACAGUGAUCCUUAUUAAGACAAAUUUGGACCAGUAAACAGCCUGGUGAGAAAUGAGACACAAAUGCUUUCAAACAUUUUCAAAAUCAUUUAAGAAUUGCUUCCUUAAGUGCUGCAAUUUGAAGCUACCAGUUUUCUAACCUAACCCUGGGAACCAACAAGCAUCUGGCUGUGGGAAAUCCUUGUCCUUCUGUGAGAUGGUGCAUUUUGAUGAUUUUCUGUUGCUGCUGCUGCUGCUUUUGGGGCCUUGCACCAUCUUUAAUCUUAAAGGGAAAAUAUUGGAUAAAAGAAGUGGCUUUCUGUUUAUCUUUGACAUCGCUCCAACAGGAAGUAGUCUUAAACCACUUUUCUUGAGAAUAAAAACCUAUCCUUCCCCAUGUAGGUCUUCAAUGUAAUCUCAUUAAAGUUUUAAUUAGACAGAGACUUGGUCAUCUGCAGCCAAAUGUCUCACAAAGUCAUAGACCAAACAUGUGAGACAGAGCACCUAACAGGCAUUAGAAGAAACUGGAAAUGGCUCAGCUUAGUCUUGAGCAGACAACUUGAAGUCUUAAGCCCCGAGUCUGUUGAGAAAGCAGCACUCUUUAGGCCCUUUAACAACUACAUUCAGGGGAGAGGGAAGAGAUAGCUUUCUAGGUAAGGUGUCUGCCUUUGCCAUGCAUGUAGUCAUGCUGGAGCCCCAGCACAAGAGGGUCAUGGCACCAUGAGAAACCUGUUGCUGUCCUAGUUCUCCCUCCCUCUGAAUGAAAAAUUUGGCCCAGCCGUAAUGACAUGGCCCUCGCUCUGGAGGGGAGGAAAAAUAAAAGACUAAAAGACCAUGUAAUGUGAAGGUGAUAUUCACAAGCUGUCUUAAGAUCUUUGCUAAAGAAUUUUAACCAAGUACACACUUGCUGUCAAAAGAGCUGUCUGCUGUCACUAUCCAGUAGGUGAUCUAUGCAAACCGCCAACACUGAGGUCCUUAGAAGACACCUGACUCUUUUCUCUGUAGCCAAGAUCUCUCAGACUAGAAUCAGGGGCUGGGAGGUGGCUCACCCAGUAGAGCACACACUUUACCAUGCACAAAGACCUGGGUUUGAGCCCCCAGUCACCACAUGUGAACACCAUGCAAAGGGGAAGCUUCACGAAUGGUAGAGGAUUGCUGCAGUGUCUCUCACCCUCUAUCUUUUAAACAACAAAGAGUCCACUAGAAGCAGUAGAAUCAUGCAGGCAUGAAAGCCCAGCAAACCCCAAGCAGCAAAGGAAAAAAACAAAAAAACUAGUCAUGACUCUGGAAGGCAGCAAGGAACCUUUAAGGGACCGAUUUAUUGGUACAGACCUACGUAUGGUUUCCCUCCAUCCUCAACCAUUUCCCUACUUUGGGGAAAUAAUUCCAUAAAGUAGUUGUCACUGACUGCUUACCUCAAUAUUAUGGAUGAUUUAAUUCUGGGUCAUAGCUAUUAUAGGAAUUUGGGGGAUCAAGGGAUUUCCCCAUGAAGACAUCAUCUUCUGCCUUUCUGCUAGAUAGUAAAUCCUAUAGUUUACAAUGCCUACUGGUCUAGCAAAGGAUACAGCUACUCUAUCUCACUGUGAAGCAACUCUCUCAAUACAGCUCAGUUAAGGCUUGGCAGCAACUUAAGGGCAAAAAACUGGCUCUCCCUACUUAAAAUUUGCUUUUUCUGCAGAGGCCUUACUGCCUCAACCUCCCAAUUUCCUUCAUAGAUGAGUUAAAAAAUAUCCCCAGUUAAGAAUUAGAACUGUUGUUACUUACUGAUUUUAGAGAAUUUGGUUAAGUCUCCUCUUUAGGUGAAAGUUUCUACUUACGAAAAGAGGUGUCAAACAAUCUUUUCUUUUAAUCUUCUUUAUUAUUACACCAAAUAAAAAUUGAGAAUUCUAAGAUCCCAUUCCAAUAUCUAAUCCAGGUGGAAAACCUUUGAUUUUCAUUCGUGAGUCAUCCCUCCUGCCCCUCAUGGAUAACUGCCACAGAUAUAUCAAAUGUAUCCAGUUAUUCCAUGACUUUUGCUGUGAUUGCUUAAUUUCCAGUUGAGGCUUGUUGAAGACUUGGAUAGCUGACUGGUUCAUUAGUAAAAAUAAACUGUACAGGAAUUAGUGCUCAAUAUACAUACAUUUCAUAAAUUUUGUUGGAAUCUUUUGGGUGUGAAUGUGUUACUUCAAGUGGCUUACAUUAAGAUUCUCAGACUUAAUAGGGUGUUAAAACAAACCUGAAUUUGUAUUUUUUGUUUUGUUACAAAGCUCUGCUUUAUAAUUUUGUAAUAAAGUUUCAAUAUAGAUGCC